AUGUCUGCCCAGGCUACCGAUACGGCCGUCCCGGCACCCGCUCCUGCUGCCGCACCUGCCCCAGCUGUCGUUGCUGAGUCUCAGACUGCCGCCGCUACGCCUGCUGCGGACCCGACAUCGGCCCCCGCUGCUCCCGCCGCCGCUGAUGCUGCCGCCCCUGAGGUCGCCGCCGCCGCCCAGCAGCCGCAGGCCGAGCAGACUGCUCCCGCCGACCAAAAGACGGAGGCCAAUCCCGGGGUUAAACCUGCUACCGAGAAACCCGUCGAAAAGACGCAGACUCCUCUCACUUCUCUUUUCGAGAAGCUGCCUGGCAUCCUUGGUGAGGCUAAGCAUAACGAGAUGUGGGGUGUCCAGCUCUCAGAUAGCACUCACGUCCCUACAACCGUCGUUUUGCAGAAGUUUCUUCGCGCCAACGACAACGAUGUCUCCAAGGCUGCGGACCAGCUCCAGAAGGCUCUGGUCUGGCGCCGUGAUACUAACCCCGGCAAGUUACUCGAUGAUAUCUCCUUCGAUAAAAAGAAGUUUGGCGAGCUCGGCUAUGUUACCACCCAUAAGGACGCUCAAGGCAAGGAUAUGAUCAUCACCUGGAACAUCUACGGAGCUGUAAAGGACAAGAAGGCCACCUUUGGCAACGUCGACGAGUUCAUCAAGUGGCGCGCAGCCCUCAUGGAGCUCAGUGUUCGUAAACUGGGCCUGGACAAGGUCCAAACCCCCAUUCCUGAUGGCGGUGAGGACCCUUAUCAAAUGAUUCAGGUCCACGACUACCUCAACGUUAGCUUCCUGCGCAUGGACCCUGCCGUCAAGGCCGCUUCCUCGGAGACGAUCAGGAUCUUCGCCAUGGCCUACCCAGAGCUCCUCGUCCACAAAUACUUUGUCAACAUCCCCGCUCUCAUGGGCUGGGUCUUCAAGGCCAUGAAGGUCUUCCUUGCCCCCAAGACUAUCGCCAAGUUCCACCCUCUCGGUUAUGGCAAUGAGCUUGCCGCCGAGCUUCCUGCCUACAAGGACUCACUCCCCAAGGACUACGGCGGAAACGGCGAGAGCAUCAAGAUUACCGGCCAAACCGUCAAGCUUGCGGAUGCUGCACCCGCGGCCCCUGUCGAGCAGCCUGCCACUGAUGCCACUCUCACCACUGAUGCCACCCCCGCCAAUGCGCCCGCUCCGGCCACUGAUGCCACUCCCGCCACUGCCACUCCCGCCACUGAUGCCACUCCCGCCAAUGCGCCCGCUCCGGCCACUGAGGCUGCUGACCCCGCAGUUGCUGAGACCAAGGUUGCCGAGCCUGUCGUCGCUCCUCAGCCGGAGAAGACGGCGGAGGUUGCCCCUAGCGCGGCCGCUGUGCCCGAGAAGACAGAGGUGCCCAGUGUCGCCGAUCUGAGCAUCAACGACAAGGCCGAGGCCAAAUAG